AUGGCGGAUUCAAGUACAGCGUUCAUGGGCGCGUCACAACCACCUAUCCAGAUCACGUUUCCUCUUCCAAAAGCUCCAGAGACCAAUAUUCAUCUGCACUUGACAAUCAACAAAAUUUCAUUGUUGUUGUUCCUCACAACGGCAUUAAAUGGUGAUACUUCUACAGCACCACCUCUAGGCUCGUUCGUCUAUGCGCUUCCAAAUAGAAUGAAUGCUAGUCAGCCACUUUCUACACCGUUGUGUGUCUAUGAAUCCUCAGUCGAGUUCACCACCCGACUUGCAAAAUUGUUGGCGCGCAAAACAGGAAAGCCUGUCUACGUUGGCAAUUCUAUUAGUUUCGCAAGUGCAGGAAUGGGCGGAACUGUGGAGGAGGAGAUGGAAGGUUUCAAGAAGGUGGUGGAAAUUGUCAUGGAACAAGUGCGAAAGACUGAAAUCAAAUGA